UUGAGAGAAAAACUGGUGUAACGUUAGUAUUAAUAGUAUUAGGAACGUUCGAUGCGGUCAUCGCUUUCGUCGUCGGCAGUGUCCUUGACAGGUUCAUCUGUGGAGAUGAUUGGCGUAGCUGGCUCGAUGGUGUCGGGGCGCCCUUCGUCCUCUUUCUGCUCGUUGUCGUCCUCCAUGUCUUCUGGAAACGAGGCGGCGACACUCACAACCUCAGGCAUGAUGGGCGACGACGACGAUACGUCGCUUGUACCUACAAUAGUACCGCCACCGACAGAUUCUUGGCGCUCCACCAUGAGAUGGCGAAUGGACUUGCGGAAGUCCAACGGCGGCGGUCGAUCGCCGUUCGACCGAUUCGAAACCAUGCAGUCGACUGGCACGCCCACGAACUGACCCACGACCUGGCUGAACGCGUGCCUGGCUCGCUUGCAUCCUUUCCACGUGAAAGCGCUGUCCAAAAUACACUGCAAGAACGCUUCCAGGGGGAGUGCGCGGUCUCGGACAUGAUGCAGUGUGGUAAAGAGGUGGCGUCCAGGAAACGGCUGCGCGUGGAUGACAGCCGCGAUGCCCACACAUUUGGAGCAUGUUUUGCUGCGGCAUUGCUUGAGGGUGUCCAUAACACGGUGGCGGAGGUCGAUGAACUGGUCGAAGCGCUUGACACAUUCGCAUUUCUGUCGGGUGGAGGGACACACGAUCUCCAUCACGUAUCGAAUUUGUCGUUUCUCCGUCGCGCCUUGCAAUACCAUGAGUCCCGUGAAGUUGGCGACGACAUAAAGCCCGUCGUCGUCGCAGCUCUCAGGAGACACGUCGUCGUGCCGCGGUGUCAUCGUCGAGUCUGCAGCUUGCACUGGUUUCUCCACAUCUACCGAUACCUCUGCAUGCUCCUUCCCUUGGUUUAUGGCCGUUGGUGUCGCAACAGCGUCGGCGGCUCCCUUCGACAUCCGCUUCUUGAACACGUUCUUCCACAUCCACGAGAGAAUGCCAACUGAGCAACCGUCCAAGAUCGCGAUGCGAAGGAUAAACGACACACAUCCGGUUAAUUCGCCUUGGUGAUAUCCGGAUAUCCCAUGAACCACGGUUCAGGUGAACUGAACCAUUGCCAUAUUCGCUGGUGCUCUUUCGCCAUCGUCGAAGCAGAAUGCACCGAACCUGCCGGAAUGUGUUGCGCCUGCAUCAAGCCACCAAGAUUCGUGUCCCAUCCAUGGCCUCGGCGGCCUUAGCCAACGCUGCGCCGUCCGUGCGCUCUAUCCACGUGCCUUCGUCGUCAUCGUCACCGUUGGUUCGAUCGUCGUUCGCCAAGAAGAACGUCCGUCGUCCUUCGUUGUUCACAGUCUCGGUGCGCAACAUGUUUAUUCAGACCGAGACGACGCCGAACCCGCAAAGUCUCAAGUUUAUUCCGGGGCGCGCGGUCCUCGAUGACCGCUUCUCCACGGGCGUCGACUUCACCCCCAAGGGCCCAGAGCUCCGCCGUUCGCUGCUUGCCAAGGACUUGUUUGCGAUCGACGGCAUCGUCCGCGUGUUCUUUGGCAAGGAUUUCAUCUCUGUGACCAAGAAGAACGACGACAUCGACUGGGAUGUACUCCGAGGCCAAAUCUUUGGAACGAUCAUGGACUUUUACGCGUCGGGGAAGCCCAUCAUGACGGACGAAGAUGUGAUCACGGACACAACCAUCUUGGACACGGACGACGAAGUCGUGGCGAUGAUCAAGGAGCUGCUGGAAACGCGCAUCCGUCCGGCCGUGCAAGACGACGGCGGCGACAUCUUCUUUCGAGGCUUUGACGAAGACCGAGGUAUUGUCAAGCUGCAGCUGGCCGGGUCUUGUGCUGGCUGCCCCAGCUCAUCCGUGACGCUCAAGAACGGCGUCGAGAACAUGCUCAUGCACUACAUCCCCGAAGUGCGCGGCAUCGAAGAGAUCGUCGACGACGAGGACGUCAAGGCCGUCAACGAGUCCGAGUUCCAGACCCUUGAAGCCAAGCUGCGCGCGGCGGGGAUUCCGUCCAUCUAGAUGCCGCCGCCAUUCACCGUGCUAUAAAGUCCUCACAAGGGGAUUGUGCUGUAGUACAUACUUACAAUAUGGGUAACCUAAUAAUGCACAAUAUAUGAAAGCCUGUCAA